CCGAGGAGCCCCUUCCCUUAACUGCAGGUGGAAUGCAAGAGGGUGCAGAGCCAGUUCUGAGUACAAUGGAAAUAAGACUGCUUAACUCAAGCUCUGUCUUGGUUAUCUGGAGAUCUUUCACUUGUCAAGGGACAGUGUCAAGGUGGGGAAACUGAGUCAUAAGGAAGUGAAAUGACUUGUUCGAGGCCAUAUAGUGAGUUGGGAAUAGAACCCAGAAGUCGGAUUCUCAGUCGUCUUGUGUAUGGACACCAUACAACAACUGCUCUAAAAGACUCUUCCAUUUGACAAAGGUUACAUUACAAAACCCCCACAUCAUCUGGGAGACGAGAUUUCCAGCGAGCUGCGCUGAGAGGAUGCACUGGGAAGCACAGAGGAAUGAAGACGUCCUUAAGAGAGCGGAGCUCCUGCCCAACAGCCAGCUGAGGGUUAACAAAAUGAACAGUUCUUGUGCGGGCAGAGUAUGUUCUUGGCAGUGAGCAGUGGUCUGUGUUACAGUAUGUGAGAGCAGAAGUGUGGAGCAGCUCAUUUCCAUUCACCAGCUGGCAGGUUGAGCUUAAAUCUCAGGAUCCAGUGUCUGGCUGCAGCAAAGCUUCCCCCUCCUCGCCACUCCAAACCUCAUCUCUUCCUCUGGAUGGGGGUCCUCUCCUCUUCGCAGAGCGGGAUUUGACUCGGGGAUGCUGCCGUGAGGAGUUCACAUCUGCAGCUUUGACAGGACUUCCCCCGACUGUCUGAAUGAAUGAGUGCCUUUCAGAGCAGACCCAGCUCCACGUUGCUCUCGGUCUCCCAAGACUGUUUUCCAGCACAGCUCCGGAGGAGUGUUCACUGAGCCACGACUGGGCAAAGAGCAGAGAAAACAGCAGAAUGAAAAGAGCCAAGAGAGCCCAGCGGGUUGUCAGCAGUCCUCGUACCAGAGGCUAAACUCACUGCCCUGAAAGAGACCAGGCAGGAGAGGAAGUUGCUUCUCAGUGAGAAAGGAGGAGAAAACAAAAGAGAAACUUUGAAACUGGCUCCACUCGUGAUCUGAGCAUCCCGCCCCUGCACCCCCGUUAAACGAAAGCACCGAGAAACACGAGAUUUCCUUCUCGAGGGGUGGGAACAUGCUGAACUGGGGAGGAGUGGAGAAGGGCAUCUUUUAGCUUGUGGUGUGGUUUAUAGUGAGAUCCAAGAGAUAGAGCAGAGGUGGGAGGGGAAGGUGAAAGGAGAUCUGAUGCCUGCUGCCAAUAUGACAGAGACCCCCCAGCUCCCGGCAUUGCAGGUCCCAGAGCAACAGGUGCCAGAGUGCAGCCGGGCCUGGUCCAGUUCAUCCACCCCCACCCUGCGCAGGAGGCGCUUCAAGAUGAGACGGAUGAAGAACGUGCAAGAGCAGAGCCUGGAGGCCGGCGCGUACCAGGACUCUCCUUCGCCCAACAAAGAGUUCCUGCAACUCCCAUCCAUAGAAAUCACCCCAUCCAGUGACGAAGACACCCCAUGGUCGAAUUGCUCUACGCCCAGCGCCUCCCCGCGGCGCAAGCGUGUCCUGCUGCGGAAGUGGCUGCGCGUGAGAGAGAAGAAGGAAUACAGUGAAAGCAGCAGCCAGCAGAGUAGCCAGCAAAGCAGCCAUGAUGACGAUUCAGCCCGAUUCCUGAGUCCCCGAAUGCGUGACGAAAGCACUGCCAGUAACUCGAACCGCAGCACGCCUGCCUGCUCCCCCAUCCUGCGCAAACGUUCCCGGUCUCCAACCCCGCAGGACUCCCAAGGAGACGCCAUGGUGGAGAAAGGCUCAGACCACUCUUCAGACAAAUCCCCUUCCACUCCGGAGCAGUGUGUGCAGCGCAGCUAUUCCGCUCAGUCAGGCCGCAGUGGGGCCAAGAACUCCAAGAAAAGCCAGAGUUGGUAUAAUCAUGAGAGACAGCACAUCCGGAGAGUGUUGAGUCCGACGUAUAAACAGCGUAACGAAGACUUCAGGAAACUCUUCAAACAGCUUCCCGACACCGAGCGCCUCAUAGUCGAUUACUCUUGUGCGCUUCAAAGAGACAUUCUCCUGCAAGGCCGCCUCUACCUCUCCGAAAACUGGAUUUGCUUCUACAGCAACAUCUUCCGCUGGGAAACACUGCUAACAGUCCGUUUGAAGGAUAUCUGCUCCAUGACCAAGGAAAAAACUGCACGGCUCAUUCCUAACGCCAUCCAAGUUUGCACUGACACUGAAAAGCACUUUUUCACUUCCUUCGGCGCCCGAGAUAGGACGUACAUGAUGAUGUUCAGACUCUGGCAGAAUGCUCUCCUCGAAAAGCCCCUGUGUCCAAAGGAGCUCUGGCACUUCGUCCACCAGUGUUACGGGAAUGAACUGGGGCUGACCAGCGAUGAUGAAGACUAUGUGCCUCCUGAUGAUGAUUUCAACACUAUGGGCUACUGCGAGGAGAUCCCUGUAGAAGAAAAUGAAGUGAACGACAGCUCCUCCAAGAGCAGCAUGGAGGCCAAACCUGAAGCUAGUCCUCUGCUGCCCAAGAAGUCCAUCACCGCCAGCACGUUGACUUCCACAGGGAGCAGUGAAGCGCCAACUUCAUUUGACGGGAUGCUUCCGGAGGAGGAGGAGUUGGUGGAGAGUCCCCUUGAGAAGGAACUCACCCUUGAAAACAUCAUUGGAGAUAAGAUCGAGAUCAUCGCCCCGGUGAACUCCCCUUCCCUGGACUUCAACGACAACGAGGACAUUCCAACGGAGCUCAGCGACUCGUCGGAGACCCAUGAUGAAGGGGAAGUUCAGGCCUUUUACGAGGAUCUGAAUGGCCGGCAGUACAUGAAUGAGGUGUUCAGUUUCAGCGUGGACAAACUGUAUGACCUGCUCUUCACUGACUCCCAGUUCCAGAGGGAUUUCAUGGAACAGCGUCGGUUCUCCGAUAUUAUCUUUCAUCCAUGGAAGAAGGAAGAAAACGGCAAUCAGAGCAGAGCAAUCCUGUACACGAUCACCCUCACCAACCCUCUCGCCCCGAAAACUGCUACUGUCACUGAGACUCAGACAAUGUACAAAGCCAGCCAAGAAAGUGAGUGCUACGUGAUAGACGCAGAGGUGCUAACUCACGACGUCCCCUACCAUGAUUAUUUCUACACCAUUAACCGCUACACGUUGACUCGUGUCGCCAGAAACAAAAGCCGACUCAGGGUUUCUACAGAGCUUCGUUACAGGAAGCAGCCAUGGGGGCUUGUGAAAUCCUUCAUCGAGAAAAACUUCUGGAGUGGCCUAGAAGAUUAUUUCCGUCAUUUAGAGAGCGAACUGACCAAAACCGAGAGCAUGUACCUAGCGGAGAUCCACAGACAAUCCCCCAAAGAGAAGAUGAGCAAGCAAUCCACAUUGCGCCGAAGAAAACGGCCCCACGCCCACCUGCGGGUGCCACACCUGGAGGAGGUGCUGAGUCCCGUCACCACCCCCACAGAUGAGGAGGUUGUGCAUCGCAUCAAGCACGUGGCAGGUUCCACGCAGACGCGGCAUGUCCCUGAGGACAGUCCCGGUGGCUUCCAUCUCCAGAGCGUCUCCAAGCUGCUGGUCGUUAUCAGCUGUGUUCUGGUGCUGUUGGUAAUUCUCAAUAUGAUGCUGUUCUACAAACUUUGGAUGUUGGAAUACACCACCCAGACCCUCACCGCAUGGCAGGGCCUGCGGCUACCGGAAAGGUUACCCCAGUCUCAGUCAGAAUGGGCUCAGUUGCUAGAGUCCCAGCAGAAGUAUCAUGACACAGAGCUACAGAAGUGGCGUGAGAUCAUCAAAUCCUCCGUGAUGCUUCUAGACCAGAUGAAGGAUUCACUAGUAAACCUUCAGAAUGGCAUCGGGUCACGCGAGUCGGAACCAGAGGAGAAACGGAAGCGUUUCCACUAACAGAGGCGAACACAGGAGGCCAGAGGAUUGUGUGCAAUAUGUGUAUAUAGACCAUAUAAAUAUAUAUAUACAGAAUAUAAAUAUAUAUAUAUAUUAUAUACAGAUUUUAAAAGAGGAAAAAAGCCUAUGUACUGAAGAGGAGAAGCGUGGGUGCAGACCUCCAACACUGGCUGAACUGGAGCGUCUCUGGGGUAGGACGGGAUGCGAUGGCGGGGGCUGUGCUUUCCCAGCACUGAGGCACUGUCCGGGAGAGUGCAGCUCACGCUUACCUGUUCCCAUGCACCUCUCUUCUGUGUAUUCUUGGCUGUUUGUUUGUCUGUUUGUUUGUUUUAAAGGGAAGAAUUGGAGCAAAUGCCCCUCCCCCUCCCUGCCUGAGGGUACCUGAAUGUUGAACAGGUAUUUAAAGGGGACACUGUCAACUUUAUCUUGCUCCAUUGAGGACAAGGAGGAUUUUGCUAGAAGACCCUUGUGGGAGUAGCCUACAGUCCCUUGUGGGAGUAGCCUACAGAAUUGAGCAGGCUUUGAGCCUUGAGAGUUCUCUGGGAAACGACUCUUAUUCAGUAGUGAAUGGGGUUUGUUCUGAGCCCUCUGCUAGAAUGCUGUAGCAGGGGUGCAACGCGCCAUUCAACUGGCCAGCCUAAUUUUGCUAAGUAAAGCACAGAAACUGAACCAGAUUUUCUCAGUGAAACAUUUCACUUUUUAUUAAUAGAAGUUACAUUAAUGGCAAAGUAGAGGGGCGCUGACAUGGGUUGUUACUCAGUAUUCCUGGCUAAAUCCAGACCCUGGCAUAUCUCACUGAAGUCAGUGAAUUUAGCCCUUUGGUUCUUUUUCACUUGACAACGUCCCCUUUACAUACUCUGUUUUCCUCAACCCUCCAUGCGUUUGUGUCCCUGUCAAUGCGCCAUCCCUGUGCUAGGGAGCUGCAGCUGUGCUGAAAGGGCUAUCUGUGCUCAUUUCCCACUCAGAGGCACGUAAAGCCUAAUGGCUCUGACUUGAUACAACACCUUGGCUUUUUUUCCUUCUUGUUGCUCACUAUUUUUAAACCCCUUCUGCCAAAAAAAAAAAAAAAAAGGCUAGGUGAGGGCAUUUGGCAUGUACCAGUAUCUACUUACAUGAUACUUUCUGGUGGAAACUCACAAGAAGAGGGAGCAGCUUCCUUUUACAAAAAAAAAAAGAAACCACGAUUGCAAUUAAACGGAUUGAAUAGAUCUGUAUCAGGAAGCCACCCACCCUCCAGUUGCAUGGCUGAUCCCUGGAGAUGUUAGAAGUGGGGUGGAAGAAAGGCCCGGCCACACAGGUAAUUUUUAUUCUUAGAAAGAUGCUGUAAACAGGGGAAGUUCUGGUGCGUUUCCUGUUGCAUUGUGGCGAACCUUUUAGAAUGAGGGUAGGCCGGGGCUAUCAAUAGGGGCAGCUACAGGGGCAUCCACGCAGCAGGCAGCUCAGGCUGUUGCAUUUGUAUUUAUUUUGAAAGGUCAUUUAAAAGGAUUAUUUUUUAAUGAUCGGGCAUUUUAACCCAGCAGUUGUCGAGAGGAAGCCUGAGGGCUGUGGUAUGUAACAUCCUGGGCUCGGCCUGUUAGCUGGGCAGCUGGUGAGAUGUCUGUCUGGGUAUGAAUCCCACAGCAGGUGGGCAUGUUUUGUGUCUUGGAGGAGCAGGAGAGGGACACGGCGCAGUCGCUGGGGACUUGAAAAUGCCAUACCUGAGCCCAUGGCCUUUGAGCGAGCUUCGGUGACUGGAGGGGACUAGAAGCAAGGGGAAAGAUUUAGGAGUUAUUAUUGGGCACACCAAACAAAUGGGAACCCAGCCUGGUGAAAGCCUGAUCCUGAGGUACUGAGCACACACAAGUCACACUGACAGCAGAAUGACACCAUGCCUUUAUGUUGUGCUUUGCAAAACUGGAUGAGUAUCAUUGUCCUUAUUUACAGAUGGGGAAACUGAGUCACAGAGUGGUGCCCACUGAGGUGUUUCAGUGGUAGAGCCAGGAGUACAACUCCACAUCAUCAGGCUUGUGCACUAACCACCAACCCACAUGGCAGGUGAUCAGCAGCUCUCAGGAUCAAGCUCUGACAGUGGCACAUCCCUUUGCGUGGUGAAAGGAUAGAGGGGAUUCGCGGUGGUGACUAACAUGCUUCCCCAUCUUGCCUUACCAGGUGGAUUAGUUGGUCUAUGGACCCUCUAUCUCCACCGUCUCUGACUCUGGCAGGAUUUUCUCAAGCAGUUGAGAUCACCUGACACAGCCCUGUUUAGGGGUAGUAUUGAGUACUGGAUAAUCUAGCAGAUCUGCUUCAUCUCUAGCUUCUGCAUGAGUUGAAAGAGCAAGGUGAGCAACUGGCCCUUCCUGCACCAUAUCGCACUGGCCUACAUGGCUCUAGAAGGAGUUUAUCUAAGCCAUUUAUCACACACUCCUCCUAAAAAUGUGCUAGAUGCCUAGUUUGGCUGGGGAGGUACUGAAGCUCUCUGGGGGGCUUGUUGGUGUCUUGUAUGACUAUCUUAGCAGACUACCGGGGAAGGGGGAGAAAGACAAGGCAAAGGACUAUAGACAGAAACAUGCCCAGGAACCUAGGGAAUGUACUGCUUUAUAUAAUUUAUUGUAUUUAUACUUAUUUAUUUAACUUAAUGCUACUUAAAACUGUACGUCUCCCUGGCAUUUCCUGACAGAGCCAGAAGCUGCUGCUGAAAUGGGCAAUGUAGGGUGAGCGUGAGCCCCUAGCACAGAGGAAAGAAGAGAGCAAGGCUGGAAGUUGAGGCAGGUCAGUGCCUCCUGCUGUGAUGAGGAUGGGUUUGUGUCCUGCUGCUGUUCUAAGGACAGAAGAGCCCAAACUCACUGGUGGGAUCCAGGACCCUGCCCAAGGAAGGUUUUCAUGUCUCUGUUACUGUGGGUCUAGCUUAACCUCCCCCUUUCCAAGGUUUUAAUCCAAAGGAGAGUGGGGAUACUAGUGGUUUCUGUCCUAAAUAUGCUAUUGGAAAGCUCAUAACGUAUUUGCAAGUGACUCUAGAUCCUGGAGCUCGGGGCGGCUCUAGACAUUUCGCCGCCCCAAGCAGGGUGGCAUGCCGUAGGGGGCGCUCUGCCGCUCACGCGGCAGGUAGCUCAUGUGGACGUCCCGCAGGCAUGCCUGCGGAGGGUCCGCUGGUCCCACGGCUUUGGUGGACCCCCUGCUGGAGGUGAAGCUGCAGUCUGUAAUCUAGCUCCUGGGUUGCACGUACAGAUAUAUUUGUCCUGCUUAGGAAGACAGGAACCUGCCCCAGCUGUGAAGGCCAAAGAUAAAUGGUAGCAUUCCAGGUUUGUUUCUCAUAGUCACAGGCUUUUCAGUGUCUCCUACAGCCCGUUAAAGAUCUGUCCAUCUAGUCUACCCCUUACCCCGGCAGUCCAUUUUCUAGUGUUUUGUCCAAGAGCCACAGCUUCCCUGGAAGAGUCUGUUCCAUCCAGCAGAUCACAAGACUACACAAACUUGUGCUGCUUUAGUUAAACUGCUACAGAUUACUGUGUAUCCAUUCAUAACCAGUUUCAAAAUGGUGUAUCCCCAGCCUGUACAUUUAUAAGCUCAACUGUUAAGAGUGUGUACGCAUGCAAUGACACCACUUUAACAUCAUAUUGUUAGUGAAAUCAGUGCAACUGUACAUAUAGAGAAGCCCUUAGUGUCAGGAAACUUUUCCUGGCCCACUGGCAAUAAUUCCUCUCUGGCUUUCAGCUAGUGUAUCCUUUGUUGUCUCAUAGCUCUGCUUAGCUAGCCUUUUUUAAACUCAGAUCCUCACCCUUUGCUUCUCUGCUCCACUUGCAGUGAAGAAACACACCCAUUUCUUUGCCUCCUGCAUUAGGGGUUGAAGUAGAUUAAAUAAUGUCAAUAGGGAGCCAGAAUUAAGAUUAAAGGAGACUAAAAGAGUUAGGUACCCAAAUCCUAUUGCAGUUCAAUGGGAGUUGGGUGCCUGACUACUUUAGGGUUCUCUGAAACUUCCAGCCUGAGGUGUGCUUAUGGUUAAAAGUUUGUUAAUCUAGCAGAGGUUUCUAGUGGUAAAAUGGAGACAGAGAUAAAUGGAAGGGAGGAUACUGUAAGUACAGCUGAGGUGAAGGUUAGUUUUCACGCUGGGCUCUUCUCUCUGAGGCUCGCCCAUUUUGACCUAGCCUGAACACAUGGGCAGACACAUUUAUUGCCCGGCUGACCUGUGGGGAGGAGGUUCGUAGCCUUCGUUUGGCACUCUGCCCCGACAGGCCCUCGUCCUUCCACUGUGAGUAACCACUCAGGUUCACAGGCAGAAGAGUUUGGUUUGAUUUUCAGUGGCUGACCAAUUGUGAAAUAGAUUUUUAAAGGGUUUAUCCUUCCACUCCACUCCCCUUCAUGCUACAGCUAAAGCACCAGCCAGAUAUUUAAUAUACACAAACUAACUUAAGCAGAGAAUGGCCUAAAUAGUGCUGCGUGAGAUGCUGCAGCGCUGGAGGGAGGGGUAGAAGGACAGAUCAUCUGGGACCCGGAUUCUCAGCUCUAGUCUUUCCGUAUGUGGAGAAAAAAAAGUGUUUCCUUGCUAAACCCAGUUUUCAAACUUGGCUGCCUGAAUUAGGUACCUAUAUUCUGCCCAGUGGUGCUUACCUGAAAACGGGUAUUUUGGGCUGUAGUGUCCGUAUAGUGCCUGUGUUUGAAAAUGGGGGCCUAGUUACAUAAACCCAAGACUUACUCAUUUGUAAAACAGCCAUCAUCCUAGGGUAAGUGUGCAGUUCAGAUGUGGGAGAGCUGCGAGCAGAGGAGGAAGAUAGGCAGGCAAACACUCUUAGACUCAUUUCAAAACUUUGGCAUUAGUGGGAAUGCUGUGUUCCUGUUAGAGCAGGGUGGAGAAAGAAUGGAAACAAUUUCAGCCUGUGUACUUGACUAUAAAGCAGCCAUGCUUUUGGAAGGGUUCAAUCCUUAAUGUAUAGUACAAGCCACCCAUUAGCUAGGAAGAAGCACGAUUUUAAAAAAAAAAGGUUUAAAAUAGAUAAGCAAAAAUAAUAAGAAUCAAGGUCACAAAACUCUGAACUCCCUAUGCAGCUAAAGCUAAAAGCUAAAGCCUGAACCACAGUUUCAAAAUCAGCGUACAUAGUAAGUAAAUAUUUUAAUCUUGGACGGUAGUUGUGAAUGUCAAGAUCUAACCCUGACAUGAACACUCCAGCUUUGACUACUUUGCCCUCUGGUAAAGCUGAUUGCAUGGUUAAAUCGCCCAUGCCAAUUUGGAACUGGUUUCCUAUCUAAGAUCUCUCUCACUCAGUAGGUCUACACCAGAGCUGUAAUUUCUAGCUCACGUAGCUAUGCCCAUGUUACCUUGAUCAGAGGUAGUGGGUAUGUCUACCCCAACUGGAAAUUACACCAGUUUAGACAAAAUCUAUGCACAGAAAGGGUGCAUCUCUAGUAGAGUUUAACCUUCUACCCAAAUGUAUUUUUUAAUGCACAGUUUAAAAGGAAGAGAUGGUUUUUGCUGCAGGUAUAAUGUGUUGGCUUUACUGAGCUCUAACCUGAAAGCUCCUCUGUGGAAAUAAUGCUUGUGUCACCAGCAGCAGCCCUUAAAUGGACCCAUUUUCCCAUCCCAAAUAUAAACAGAUAAUAUCAGUCAGGUACAGCAAGCCAAAAUUCUUCUCGCAUUUAAAGCCAGACAAUUCCAAGGAGUCAAAGAUUUACUCGGGUGUAAAGGGGACAGUUCAGCCCAAUAUUUCCUCUUUGUGUAUAUGCUUAGUUGUCAACAGCUAAUUUUCCUAACCUACAUUUUUAUAGGAGGGGGGAUUGUUUGUUACAAAUGGACAGCUGCAGUCGAGUCUGUAACCCCAGUUGGCUGAUGUGCACUGCAAGACAUUUUGUGAGGGGUCUGCAGUGAUUCCUAUGCAAGAAAGGAGGAAGGUCCAGCUCUUCAUUGGAAUGAAAGCACUGAUAGAGCUGGAUAUGGGUCAGGUAAGAAUCUAAGAUUGACUGCCUACCUUGGCAGCUCUCCAAACUGCUGGAUGGAAUGUGUUAGUUGGGCACUAACUCUCACAAAACCAGCCUCUCUCAGGGUGCUGUGGCUCUUUUGCUUCCAGUGGUGGCUAGAAACUUGAAGCACAGUAGCAUGACAACACCAUUAACAUGUACAACAUUGCCUUCAACUCACUCCCCCUCUAGCUCCUCAGAACAGGAGGAGCAAUGCUGAGGCAGAGUGAGGUUGAACACCAGAUACAAUGGCAACCCUCAGUCUAAAUUUCUGUGCAUUAGAAUGCUAAGUACACAAGAGAGGAUCCCUUUCCUACCAGCACCUAGGAACAGGGCAUGCUUCCCUCUCCUAUGGCCUCGGAGUCCAUUCCUCUUCAUGGUAGCUUUGCAUUCCAGGGCUUGGACACUCAACACUUGCCAUGCAGCUAGCAGUACCAGAAUGGAGAGGAGUUGGAGCAAGGCAGACGGUGGCUUUUCCAUCAUUCAGCACUGGAAUGUGGAAUUGGAAGAAAUCUCUUCUCUCCAAAUCCAGCCCAAAGCUAAAAUGGCCAGUGCUUCUCUCACCAAACAAGCUAAUAGGGCUUAGUGUCAAUCACUUCAGAGGGUCAGUGUCUUUCCUCUUCCCCCCAAGCCCUUGCUGGAUAAGGGGUCUCUGAAUGCUGCUGGAAAGAGUAGGGGCACCUCAGGGGAGAUCAGCUCUGUCCUCUUUGGGGACUAUCCAAAACAGGUGGGCUUUUUCCCCCCUCUACACAGGCUGAGGGCAGGUAGUCCACUAUGAGAUACACAGUCAAGAUGACAAGUGUCUUUUCAGUUGAGUUGUAGGCAGGGUAUGAACAUCCCAUGAUAAUUUGUACCAGGUUUGAGAGCAAGAUCUUUUGGUUACUUACUACAAUUAGCUGAUGUUUGACAAGAGAAGAGCAUAGCCAACAAUACAGGCUUCUGCAUGCUCUAUAGCACAGGUCCCUUCCACAUGCAUCCAGAACCAACCUUCUCCAAAGAAUACUUCAGCAUCCUAAAGGAAGGGCCUUGCUCCUUGCAGUGACUAUUCUACAAGGUAACGUUCUGAGCUUGUUACUGUAGAAUUCUGCUGUAUAUUUUUAUCAGUGAAGCUGCUCUUCCUUUCCCCCCUCAAACCCUCUGUGAGUUUCACAUAUUUCAGCACAGCCGCACCUGGCAGUUUGCAAGCCGUUAGGCUCUGAUUUGCCACCACUGGGGUGGUAGAAUGGAACCUGGCUUGAGGUUGAGAAGUGGGAGGGCACUGGUUGUGAAAUUACCUCUGUUCUUGUUUAACAGAGACUGUGGGUGAACACCACUAGACCAAAGUGUCUGAAAUAACCAAUCUGAGAAAUGACUACCGUGCUGUACUGUUUGCAGGAGAGAACUGUACUGAAUGUUCACUCCCCUCUGAUCAGCCUGUGCUCUCUCUCUGCUUGCCAGUGAAUCUCUUUUGUGCCAUAACAUGCUUUUUUCUAGAUGUGCAAAUCAGCCAAAAUAGUGUGUUACUCUCCCCUCGCUCAGCCAUAGCUGAAUAUUCCCUUAGCUACACAGGGAGAGCUGGCCCCCAAAACACAUUCUGCAGCUAGUGCUUGCAUGGCUCCAUUUCCUCCCCUCCCUCACCUCACUGCUGCAGGACAAUCAGCUCUUUUCUAUCCCACUUUCCCUCUGUCCAAGAUGGACUGACCUGAUGCUGUCCCUGCUUGUCCUUCCUUGCAGCAGCCUGUGUUAUGCUAGGAAAUGAAUGUUUUUUAUUUUGGUGGGGAAAGGACUUUCCUUCUGGUGAAGGAAUUAUAUUUGCACAUGACUCAGGGAGGCUCCUCCUCCUCUGACAAUUUUUGUUACCUCACUCAGUUUGGUUAGUUUCAUUGCUAACAUUGAGGGCCAGCUUCCUGCAUCUGAUCUUUGAGUUAGAAAAAUGCAGCAGACAGAGCUGCUCAGGCAUGUUCUAUUUCCAAGCUAGUCUGAACUGCCCCAGCAGCCCUGGACUGUGGGAGACUGGCAGCUGCUACUGCUAAGAAACAGCAACUUUAGCCAACAAGAGGCUGGCGCUUGUGCCACAUCAGUAUUCUUCUCUGAGAUGGCUUGGGAGCCUCUUGUCUCCCUCUCCCAUUAAAUAACACUUUACAGAACUAAGAUGGAAGCACCAACCUGCACUUUUGGUCUUGUACAUUUUGCAAUGUUACCAGCUGGUUGCAAGGCAUUUUUUCCCCCACAGCUCACACCUCAAAUGCCCCAUGGCCAAGUAGUGCUGCUAUGUUCCUGGACUACUUCCCCCCCCCCCAAGGGCCUGGUGCCUGCAACCCUGAUUCAGAUGAGUAAUCCUUACUCUUGCAAAUAAUUCCAUUUGAGUAAGAUUUACUCACAUCAGCAAGAGUGGGUUGUAUGAUCAUCCCCACAGUGGGCAUUUCCCCUCUGCAUAGUAACAUUCUAAACUGGGAGGGAGAGAUAUGGUCCGAGACUCACCUCUGUCUUGUUGACUAGUCUGUGGUGGCAACACAAACUCUGCAACUGGGCCACAUGCAGAAGGAAGAGCAGUUGUGUUUUGAGGCGUUGUCUGGCUAACUGUGUUUGGCUCUGUAACUAAUAAACCUUGCGCUGUGCGCAAGGUGUGAUAAAGAUACUUACCUGCUAGGAAACUAGGAAUUAAAGGCUACACAGCCAAAUCUCAAUGUAAAGUAGCUAGAACAAUGGAAAAUACAUUAUGAAUAAAAAAAGUAUUGAACAAA